CAAAACAUUCUGCGCCUGCGCCCUGCUCAGACAACUUCCUGGUCGAUCAAAGAUGACGUUUUGGCUUCAGUUGUCGCUUGUGUCCUGCGAGAAAAGCAACAGGAAGUGAAGAAGCUUUCCGCGUUAUGAUCUGAAGCGAAGCAGCGUUUCAGGAUGGAGGAUGAAAGCCUGGAAGAUCGCAGUGUGGAGGUCCUUCAGAUCUCCAGUGCUGUGGACGAUGACUUGCUGUGGCUCUACUUUGAAAACAGGAGGAGGUCUGGAGGAGGAAACCUCAUCUCUCUGAACAGGACAGGAGACACAGCCUUACUGGUGUUUGAAAGUGCCGAGGCUGCAACGAGAGUCGUGCAGAAGAGCUCCCAUACUCUCAGUGAUGCCACACUGAUUGUACGCAAACAACCCCCGAAGGAUCAUGGGAAACUGGUGCUGCGUGGACUCUCUCUUGGCACCAGCCGCGACAUGCUGGAUCUUUACGUGGAGAAUCUGACCGGGAUCGAUUCGGAUAAUUACACCCUGUACCUGUCUCCGGGGAAAGACCUGGUCCUCAUUCACCUCCACCAGCCUGCAGGAGAAGAUUUUGAGAAGAUGUGCAGUAAAGUUUCCAAGCGAGCGCUGGACGGAGCGAGGCUCACUCUGGAGCAGGUGGAGUGCACAGACACCAUCAUGGUGGGAAACCUGCCCCCCACCUUGACCGAUGAUCUGCUCACGCUGUACUUCGAGAACAGCCGCAGUGGAGGAGGAGACGUGACGGCCAUGAGCAGGAUCUCUCCACAGCUCGCUAAAGUCUCCUUUAAAGAUGUAGAGUCUGUAGACCGCGUACUUCAGAAGUCACACAAACUGGACGAGACGGACUUGGUUGUGAAACCUUAUUAUUCUUUCUUGCACUCGGAGGAAGGAGCGUCUCGGACGAGUUUACAGAACGGGACGGAUCAGGGCGGAGAUGAUCAGGUUGGCGCUGUAUCACCUCUGACUGACCCACACUCUGAUCUCUACAGCAGCACAUCGUCACCGGCCCACAGUCAGGAAGCCGUCAGCCCAAAACCUGACCUCCAGAUGACUCUGAAAUCUGCAAAAGUUUCCAAAGACACCUCGGAGGACAUUCAGCCUGCACCGAAACACCAGCCCUGUGUCUGCCAUGUCCCCGUCCCCGACUCCACCAAACGCGAGCUUGUCGCUCUCUCUGACCUUCCCGACAAGCUGGAAAAGGCUCACCCUGGUUACGAGGUCAGAGUCACGCAAAGCGGCGUCGAGGUGAAAGGCCCCGCCCAAGACGAAGCUGAGAAACUGAAGAGCAAGCUGCUGGAGUUCCUGAGCGGCGUGUUGCAGGUUCACGUCCCCGUCAGUGCUCUGAAAGCUGACUUCUUCCAGAGACAGGACAUCAGGGACAAGCUGACAGGCAAGCUGAAGGACCAGGGGCUGCCCUCCACCUACACGGUGACGGGGGGUGUGCUGAUUGUAAGCUCCGCCUCCACACAGAUGGUGAACCAGGCAUGUGAGGUAAUAAAGGGCGCGGUCAGCGAGUCCGUUGUGCCUGUGCAGCCUGAGUUCGAGUACAUGCUCUACUCUGAGGAGUGGAGGAGCUUCCUCCUGAGUCAGGACACGUGCAGCGCCGAAGCCUCGCCCGAGGGGAACGCCAUCUCCGUUGUGACGCUGAAGGACAUGGAGCAGGAGGUGAAGGAGAACAUCGUUCGGUUCCUCAGCACACCCAUUCAGAAGGAGAUCGUGAUCAGCAUGCAGCCCGCCAUGCUCACUUACAUCCAGCUGCACAAUCAGCAGCUGCUCAUGGACAUGGCUGAGGUCAUCAUCUUCCCCCUGGACACCGGAGACGGGCUGAGUGUCCAGGGAAACCCCACGGCGUGUCAGACAGCGGCUGAGGUUUUAACCGGCGUGGUUUCCUCCACCUACACCAAGAUCAUCACGGUGACUCAGCCGGGCAUCGCUCGCUUCCUGUUGCACGACCCUGAGGGGAAGAGCAUCCUGGGAGAGAUGACCGCCAAGUUCCAGGUCUACAUCAAUCUGGAGAGGGUGCACUGGGAGCCCCUGGAGGACCAGGACAUCUUUGCACUGGCGUGGAAAAUGACGUCGAAUCAGAACUUUGCGAGGAGCUCCUCCGCUCUGAAGGCUAGCGCACGGGCGGGGCCUGAUAAAGACACCUCAGCUCGUAUAGAAGAGGCGAAGAUGAUUUUGUCGUUGCUGGAGAGUGAUCCCUCUCACACAGCGGGGGAGGAGCUGGAGGAGGAAGUGGAUCUGUACUCGGACCAACAGCUGGAAACCCAGGAAUCGAAUAAAGCUGAAAGUCUGCAGGGGGACCUCGUCAAUCUGGAUGAAGACGCUUGUCUAUCUCUGGCCAUCCAGCUGUCUAUGGAGGUGAACCAGAACCCGGGAAAGGAGGAGGAGGAAGAGGAGCUGCAGAAAGUCCUCCAGCUCUCCAAAGACGAGGCGGCAUCGGUGGACGAGAGCAAGAUGCUGGUGAAAGCGGUGGCCUCCUCUCUGCAGGAUGCCAUCAGGGCAGCGAAUACGGCGCAGAUUGAGGUGUUUGCAGCUUACACACAUGACCUGGUGCGUGUGGACAUCGCUCUGGGGAAGAAGGUGGGCCUGAGGCAGUGCGAGGAGAAACUGCAGCACAAGAGCUUCAGGAAGCUGUCGGCCUUCCACCGCUGCUGCUUGGACCUCAUCAAGAGGAAGCAUGGCGUAGAGAUCCAGGUCCAGGGCACCACAGCCGUCGUCUCGGGGUUUAAGGAUUACGUCUCCGGAGCGCUUCCCGAUCUGAACGAGCUGCUGGAGAAAGCGGCCGGAGGCACCACGGAUGCAGAGAUCCUGAAGACCGUGCAGUGGGUGUGGCACGACAGGGAGCACUCAGCGGUGACGGCGUACUCGCCCGAGGCCACGGUGUUCAUCGAAAACGCCUGGAGGAUGAAACGGGACAAGCUCGACAUCCUGUUAGACCAUCAGCCGUAUACUAUAGAUUUCACAAAGAUGCAGGAGUUCAGCGUGUCAUCCGGACGAUCCGUGCCCAUUUCACGCAAACUCGUCAGCUCCGUCGACCUGUACUCCGAUUACCAAGAUGAUUACAGUUUGCUGUCGGACGUGCCAGACGCCGUGAGACUUGAGCAAGACUCCGAGGAAUAUAAUGAAGUUGUUGCGGAAUUCUUCAACAGUCUUUCUGAUCAGAACAAAGUCCAGAUCGUUAAGGUGGAGAAGCUGAUGAACCGGCUGCUGUUCAGUCAGUACCAGCUGAAGAAGGCCGAUAUGGAGCAGAAGAUUCGAGGCAAUGUGGAGCACACGCUUUACCACGGCACCAGUGAGAGAAGCGUCAAGGAGAUCUGCAUCCACGGCUUCAACAGGAGCUUCUGCGGCAAAAACGCCACGGCGUUUGGACAGGGUGUGUACUUUGCUGUGAAGUCCUCGUACUCGUUCUCCGACACCUACUCCCCCCCCAACGCUGACGGACACAAGUUCAUCUUCGUAGCCAGAGUCCUGACAGGAGAGUUCACCCAGGGGAAGCACGACAUGAAAGCGGCGCCGCUCAGAGAGGGCUCGGGCUCGGACAUCCCGAUGCGCUACCACAGCGUCGUGGACAAUGUCAAGGAGCCCAGUCUCUUCGUCAUCUUCAACGACACGCAGGCGUACCCUCAAUACAUCAUCACCUGCCGGAAGGAUCCCGAGUGACGCGUACACGCCUCCUUCUUAACGUCUCAUCGGUGUUAUUUACGCUUCUGAUCAUGCUGAUAUAUAAAUCUGACUUUUAACCUCUUACACACAGUUUCACACCAGUUUUAUUGAUCAGUGGCCACUAAAGACUGUUCUGUCUGUGAAAAAUACAAAUAAAUGGAUUAAGUCAAA